UUUCAACGGCCACGAUCAGACCACCGAAUCAUCCCACCACCCACUCAUCCGGCAGUUCAUGGACGACAGCUGGCCCAAAACCCAGCUCUCCAUUUCCAUCCCCACCGACGGACUCAAAACCUCACCGCCGCCGCAGAGAUUAUCCGUCGACCUCGAAAUGGGCUUGGGGGUGGGCCCCCCAAAUUGGGUCCCGAUUUCUUGGGGGCCUUCCAUGGGAGGACCUCUCGGAGAAGUUCUACACAACAGUGCAAGCACAAGCGAAUGCAAGAACACCACCACUGCCGGCGCCGGCGCCACUAAGCCGUUGAAUCUGAUCGAUAGCUGGGAUAAUAGCCCUCGUUUGGCAUCUUCGCCGACGGGGGUUCUUCAGAGGGGGUCGUUUGUUUCGCUGUCGAACAGCAGUGGGGGCAGCAGCCCCCGAGGAGACGGUGGUGAGAGCAGCAGGAUUCUUGAUGGGCCGGGCCUUUUCAAUGGGCUUUUCUCAGGCCCGGUUCUUACCAAUCCAUCCCUCUAAUUAAUUAAUAUUAGCAUCCCAUCUUCAAUUUUUUUCCACUUAUUAAUUAAUUUUCCUAAUUAGAACUUAAUUGCUUCAUUUUAGUAGUAAGUGACUCUUGAUUGUAUCUUUUUUUAUUUAAUUGUUUGUUAUUUGGCAGAUUUUCUUUUCCCCCUAUAACCAUUUUGUUAGGAUGGUAGGAAGGAAGCAUAGCAUGGUUUGUACGUAGGUGGGGAUAAUGCUUUUAUUACGUACGGCGUCGUUUUGGUGUGGUUAUAUAUUAAUUAGUAAGUUAAAUGUUA